AUGUUGUACCACUCUUUUCUCAAGAUUAGUGUGCUAGUCUCUACCUUUUAUCUCAGCGCACUCAUCGUGUCUUCGUCAUGGGAUUGCAUCGGUGGAUACACACCACAUAUAGGACAACAAGCUUUUUGUCAGCUUAGUUUGACUGACAAAACCACCCAAAUCCUUUGUACCGGUUCUAGCUGUUGGAACAGAGCUCUCAAUACCGCAUGGAUUCCAAUGCAUCGCUGUUUAUGGGUAGACAGACGGCGUGUCCAUGGCCUCAGUCAACAACAAUGUGCAGGUUACGAAUGGGAAAAGGAUCGAGGGCCGUAUCAUAGCGGCGCCUACGCGUGCACCAACCCCGGUGGCCAUCACUAUAUCUGCGAUGUACCCCCACAAAAAACAGGACACAUGACGUGUGAUGAUUGCGAUUUCUGA